AUGGAGACUGCCCAGCGGUCAUGGGAGCUCGAAAACACCAUCAGCUUAAUCGACCCUCAACGCGAUGCCCUCUACCAAUAUGAUGAAGAGACACACAAAGCACUGAGCGCCGAACGGCCCUGGUCCAAAGACCCACACUACUUCAAAUCGAUACGGAUCUCAGCCGUAGCGCUGCUCAAGAUGGUCAUGCACGCGCGGUCCGGUGGCAGCCUCGAAGUCAUGGGUCUGAUGCAGGGAUACAUACUUCCGAACACGUUCGUGGUGACAGAUGCCUUCCGACUCCCCGUCGAGGGGACGGAGACGCGCGUCAACGCCCAAGACGAGGCGAACGAGUACAUGGUGUCGUAUCUCCAGGCGUGUCGGGAUGCCGGGCGCAUGGAGAACGCGGUGGGUUGGUAUCACAGCCACCCUGGGUACGGGUGCUGGUUGUCGGGCAUCGACGUGACGACGCAGGACAUGCAACAGCUGGGAGGUCCGUUUGUGGCGGUGGUCAUUGAUCCCGAGCGGACCAUUUCCGCCGGGAAGGUUGAUAUUGGAGCGUUCCGCACGUUUCCGAAGGAUUAUACCCCGCCGAAGGAGCAGCAGGAGGACGACGAGUACCAGACCGUGCCGUUGAAUAAGGCGGAGGAUUUUGGCGCCCAUGCUUCCCAUUACUAUGGCUUGGAGGUGUCGCACUUCAAGAGCUCGUUGGACACCGAGAUCCUUUCCCUCCUAUGGAACAAGUACUGGGUGGCUACGCUCAGUCAGAGUCCCUUGUUCACGACCCGCGAUUACGGCAGCAAGCAGAUGAUGGAUUUGAGCCAGAAGGUGCGGAAGGCGGCGCGGGGCAUCGAGAGCGGUGCGUCGCGGGGCGGAGGGCCCAGUACGGCCAAGGAUCAGCAGCUGGAGAAGGUGGUGCGGGAUGGGCAGCGGAUUGUCUCGGAGGAAGUGAAGGGUCUCCUGGCGGCGGAGAUCAAAAUGAAGCUCUUCCAGGACAUUGGAGAGAAAGGCCGCUCAGAGAGAGAAUCUGCAGGUCAAACAUGA